CGAUUGGCUGUUAGAUGUGUGUUUUGGGUUUUGGUGUUCAGUCUGUUUGCUCGUUUGCGAUCGUCCACUGAAAUACAAUAUUAUACAGCAUUAACAAUAAGUAAAACAGUCUCUUUCUCCAUUAGAGUAAUAUACAAAAGGUGGAUAACUCGAAUGUUGAGAUGGUGUUCACUUGUUGUGCGUAUAACUGUAAAAACACUGCGAGGGACAAGAGUCUUUCCUUUCACAAUUUCCCGCUGAAAGACCCCAUCUUGCUGAAAAAGUGGCUUAAAAAUUUACGAUGGAAAGACUGGAAACCUGCCCCAAACAGUAAAAUUUGCUCCGUCCACUUUGAAAAGAAGUGUUUAAUUGAAGAUGGGAAGAGAGUAAGACUUCAUUCAUGGGCUGUGCCAACCAUCUUUUCAUUCCCAAACCGAUAUCUAGAAAGAAAGGUUAAAAUCAACCCUAGAAGCAGAAGAGCUUUGGGAUUUGUUGCCGACUCAGAUUCAUCUAGUCAAGCAGCACUUGAUAUGACAGCAAAAACCUCGCGGAGGUCUAACUCAGAAAAGACUGAGAACAGAACUACAGAAAGUUUACAGCCGAAAGCUACUGAAGAUAGCUCCAGCCAGACGGGAGCAGACCCAGAGAGCGUUUCCACACAGCAGCUGACAGAACCGGAAAAAAGCCCACCAUGGACUAUCCUGGGCGACGAAGCUCUCGACAGAAGCAUGACUAUACCCAGCUUCUUUCACAGUGGAUACUGUUUACCCAAUAACAUCCACUGGGCUGGAGAUGAUGAAUUAAAUAUUAUGCCGCAUGUGCCUUAUGGAGUUUUAGGACAAAUGAAACCCCAUAUAAUUGAGGUUAAAGAGAGGUGGGAAUGGCUUGGGCUGGAUGUUAGAGGGCCGUUCUCUCCGACAGUAGACAAGCACACGCACAUCAUGACUCUGAUUGACUACCAUACCAAAUGGGUGGAAGCUUUUCCUUUGACUGAGAAACUCAGUCAGGAUGUGGCCAAGUGUCUCGCUGAAGUCAUCAGUCAGCAGGGAUACCCUCUCGGAAUUCUCUCCCGGCUUCCCAGGCGGAUCCUCUUGGAGGUAAAUCGUGAGUUGAAGAAACGCCUGAGGUUGAAUACAAGCGCCUUAGUGAUACACCACCGGCAAACUGGUUACUUGGACUUGGUCACUGAAUCGCUUCUUAAUGAGAUGCUGGAAGAGCUGGUAAAGAAGCACGGCAGCAUCUGGCAUAUCCUCCUCCCUGCUGCCACUCUGCGCCUCUGCUGCACGAAUCACCCAACUACCAAAGAGAAACCCUUCACACGCAUGUGUGCCAGUGACCCACCCUUCUCAUCAACACCCAGAGAACUGCCUUACAGUGCUACUGAUGUCCGCUUGAGUUCUUUUGUCAUCCCAACCACCACUGACACCAACAAUCUAGCAGCUUUGUCAGAAACUUCGGUGCACUGCCUGAAGGAUCAGAUUAUUUCCCAGUAAGGAAACUAAAAGUUUUGUCAUAUUUACUUCCUCAUGUUUUUCAGUGUACAUAGACUGUAAAUAAAGAAGCAAAUUUGCACUGUUACAAAUAUUAUAAAGAAAUAAAAUUUAUUUUUA